AUGGAAAUAUGGGAAGCUUGGGUUACUAAAACUAAAAAUAAGGCACGGAAAAUAAGGGGCCACAUAGCUGCAACUGGUGGAGGGCCCCCAAUAUCUGGCCUCACUGACAUUGAGGAGCGAAUCUUGUUUGUUGUGGGUACUGCUUCUGUGUAUGGAUUCACGGAUGAGGAAGUUGGGAUUGCUCCACCAGCUGCAGCUGGCCUACGUCCGGCUCAGCUGGAGAGAAAUACGCCGCUUGUGCUACCCGGUCCUUCAACAUCUAGAAAUUCUCCUCCCUUAGGCCAAUCCACCACACCCCCACCUUUUCCAGUAACUCCAAGCCACUCCCGUCCUAUUCCAUCCCCAGAGCUCCAGCAAUCGACGAGAGAUUCAGAAGGCGAAACACAGAGGUCUAGACUGAGAAACCGGUCUCGGCAAUCUCAGUCUAGACGUCGACCUCCUGUGAAUGAUAAUCUCAUUAAAAGCCUUAACGAAAAUAAUAAAUUGUUAAGGCAAUCUAUUAUAACAGCAUCCUCGUCUAUUGCUGGAGCUCUUAUUUCUUUAGGGGAGGCGAAUAUUCGUGCCGCCGAAAUAAUAGCAUCUGCAAUUCAGGGUUCAGUGGCUUUGCAACAACAUCCUCUUUUUGAGGAGGAGGAGGUUGUUGACAUGGCUUCUGAGGAGCCCUGAAUUGCAGCCCCUAAUGUUUCCCCACAAACAUUCGUCUUCCCUACCUCACCCUACCCAACCCCACUUUCAACUUCCUCCAAAUCCGCCCACAAAAGAUCUUUCUUUCUUUUUCAUUUUUUUUUUCAUUUUUCUUUUCUUUUUCAUAAUCAUUUUAUUAUAAUUAAUGUUGUUAUAAAUAUUUAAAGGAAUAGGUAAUGUUGUUGAUUUAUAAGUGUUAUUGAUUUUGUUGUUAUAUUAUAAUCAAGAGAAAAAAAAUAAAACUAAUUGAUUAUUCAAAAGUUAUUUUAUUAUAAGUUAUUAGGACAUAAAUAAAGU